CUCCUGAUCUCAUUUCCCCUGCACCUCUUCAACAACCAACCGGUCUGUUGCACCACCAACAGUUUUUAUUUUCUUUAUUUGCGUUCUACAUACUUCUGUGAAGUAUUUCGAUAUAUUCGGUUUAUUUGAUCUGUUUAUAAUUGUCGACUGUAUUUUAUUCUCUUUUCGGCGUCGCUCCUUCGAUCGCACUCUUACGCUCGGUCCCCUCGAUCCGCUUUCCACCAAACCGUGAGGACCUGCGCAAAUCGAAAAAACCGUCGCCCUCGGACGGCCAACAGCCCCUGGCCAGUUGCAACAAGUUGGCCAUCUGAGGUCUAUAGAUCACUACUCUAGCGCUUCCUCUACAACAACUGCGCGGGUGAAACAUGGCGAUGCACAACAAAGCCUAUCGGGUGGAGGUAGCCAUGCCGAAGCGAAACAUGGCCGUUGGUCUUCCCAUCAAUACACAACACGUCGUCAUGGCGGGCAGCUCCUCUAGCGAAUCAUCCCCUACCGACUCGGAAUUUUCUAUCGCGGAUACGUAUGCAGCUGCCAAGGACUGGACAGAGGAUGCAGUCUGCGCCUUUCUUGACAGCAUUGGCUUUGGUCAUCUGCAAGAUACCUUUCGAGACAACCACAUCACCGGCGAGCAGUUUCUUGAUCUUGACAAGGAUGUUAUGAGAGAUUUUGGAAUCCCAAAGCUAGGAGACAGGAUCCGCCUCUAUGUCGUUAUCAAACGUCUCCGGAACAAGGUUGUCAACCAUGAAGACCGUCCCAUGCAACGGGGCCACUUUGUGACCCAGAAUUUCCCUAUUGAAGAUUUGGGAGGAGAGCGUCCCACGUACGCCUCUCGCUUACCCAGGAAAUAUAGGGAAGCUCCUGCAAAGCCCCGGCGUCAUAUUGACCUUUCCUUCCCUAUGACUGCGGGUGAACUCUCGUCGACGCCUGCGUCGCCAAACACGGAAAGUGAAGUUUCACGUGGCAAACAAGCCAAAGACAAGGGCAAAGCUGUUAUUCGCCCUGCUGUAGCCAGUUCAUCCCGUCAGCAUGGAGGCUAUGACAGAGCACACAACAGGAAUAACUCAAGCUUGGAUAACAGCUUUACUCUGGGAAUUCCUCUUGGAAAGGGCAUGAUGCGAGUUCUGUAUGGCGACACGCUCACCAAGGUCAUAAGCAUUGCUGGUUGCGUCACCGUCGAUCAAGUCAUGCGCCUGACGCUUAAGAAGUUCUCAUUGCCCGAAGAGCAAGCCGGGAACUAUUGCUUCUGGGCGCAGGCUCCAGGUGACCCUGGACCCCGUAGACUCGGUGACAUGGAGCUGUGGAAUAUCCUCCAAGGCGAGGAUCAACCGGAGCGCAACCGUCUGAUUCUCCAACGUGUCCAAAGCGAGGAGCCAAAGGCUGACCAGUUUAGCAAGUACAUCCCCAUAUCCAUCUACGAUGAGGAUGACAUGGAGCCUAUGACAAUGGAGAGAAAGAGCCACAAGAAGGUCAGAAAGGUGCUAGGUGAUGAAUGGGAUGGCUUUCUGCCACCUCUGGCACCCAUUGAGCUGCGAAGCAACCGCAGGUCUAAGUACAUGUCUUUCGUCAGUCCGUCUAGCUCCAACAUUGAGGGGCUCAAGCUUAGCAGCAGGUACGACUCCGGGGAGGAGGAUGAUGACGUUAUACCACAGUUUGCUGGCAUGCGCCCACCGAGCGAGCUGAUUGCGUCGUCACUUGGCAUGUACUUCCCCCAGCACGAUCCUGAAUAUGUUGAGAACACUGCUCGAAUGUCUGUCAGACGAUCGAAGCGUCUUAGCAAGAUCAACAGCCGGCUUAGUGUGGCGAGUAGUGGCAGCUUCGCCUCCAGCAGUCACGAUGUACCACCCAUACCAUCCAUUGCCGACCAAUGGCUUUCAGGCAACGUUCACAUUGCCAAGCUCCGCGAAGACCGCGAGGCUAAGUACCGUUCGCACGCCAUCUACGGGCGCGAAUCCAUAUCUGCCUCAGUACUGGAGACGCUGAAGCGAAGAACCGGAAAGCGAGCGGAUCUUGAAUCGUUGAUGGAGAGCGAACUGGAAGAUACUGAAAGCAACAUGACUUACUCUGAUACCCACUCGGACGCAGAGUCUGAGGAAACACUGUCCGAAAAAUCAUAUUCACGCCAUGGCGCGCGCUCUGAAACAGAUGCGGCAGAUAAUGAGGACGAUACUUGUGACGAGAGCUCUGAUGAUGGAACUAUUGCGGGAGCACGACACUCACGCGAUGCUUCCGACAGUCUCUUGACAAGCCAAAGCAGAAACGGCUUAAAUAACCGCAUAGAGCUAGGCGUCGACGGUGGAUUGCAACAGGCUCGACAAGCUCCUACAGUAACAAGACUGUCUACAGGCGCCAGUAGCAAUCGCGUGGUCGCGAUCCGCACCGACGAAGUCACCUUCAACCGCCGAGACAGAAGCGAUGCUGAUGGCGAAGUUGCAGGCGGCCACUCCCAGGAGCAGACAAUUGUUUCAUACGAUGUGGGUCAGCCGUUGGAGGGCGGAGAGGAGAAUCAGCUUGUGCAUCGGUCAAGUGAUGAAUCUGAGAAUGACGUGGCUCAAGAUGAUGAUGAUGAGGAGGAGGAUGAGGAUGAAGAUGACGCGGAUGAUGUGGACUUGUCAACAUUUUUGGCGGGUGAAUCUUGGGACGACAGCCUAUGGAUGAAGGGCGCGCUUAUUGGCAAGGGCUCUUUUGGUAAGGUCUACUUGGCUCUUCAUUCAGUAACGGGCGAGCUGUUGGCAGUCAAGCAGGUGGACUCUUCGGUGGGCAAUGAAGAUGAACGGCCUCGAAAGAAGUCCAUGAUGAACUCGCUAAAGCGAGAGAUUGUGAUUCUGCGAGAACUGCGCCACCCCAAUAUUGUGCAGUACUUUGGCUGCAGCAGUGGAGGCUCGAUGCUCAAUAUUUUCCUUGAGUACGUACCUGGAGGCUCUGUGCAGACGAUGUUGGACUCGUAUGGCGCUCUUGGAGAGCCCCUGAUUCGCAGUUUUGUCCGACAAAUCCUCAGCGGCCUGUCAUAUCUGCAUGGCAGGGGCAUUGUGCAUCGUGACAUCAAAGGCGCUAACGUAUUGGUGGAUAACAAGGGCUGCGUCAAGAUUUCUGACUUUGGCAUCUCCAAGAAGUUGGACAAGUCCAACUUGAUCAAGGGAGUAGUGAAGUCGGCACACAUGGGCAGCAGAGGUGGCCCGCGCGUGUCAUUACAAGGCUCUGUGUUCUGGAUGGCGCCCGAGGUGCUUAAGCAGACAGGCUUUACUAGCGCGUCAGACAUUUGGUCAUUGGGUUGUCUUGUGGUAGAGAUGAUGACAGCCGGCCAUCCAUAUCCAGAGUUUAGCCAGCUUCAGGCGCUCUUCAAUCUACUGGCCAAACGAAUCACACCUCAAGCACCCGAGGGCACAAGUAAGGCUGCCAUUGAAUUCUUGGAAAAAUGCUUUGACGAGAGCUAUGACCGUCGCCCCACUGCUGAUACGCUGUUGCUGAGCCCAUGGCUUGUUCAGAUUCCUAUGUAGGACAAGACCAAGCCUUAGCAUGCCGCCCAGUCAUGGCUGGAUGGAGGCGAUGAGGGAGAGGUAAAGGGAGGAAGGAAAGAAAGACAGAAAGAAGGACGGAUGGACGGAAGAGGGAGGCAAAGAAACGCAAUGGAGAAUGAAAUUGCGGGGGAUGGCCGAGCUGGGGACGACGGAAGCGAGGGAUAUGAUUCGGAAGCGCCACGGACGCCUUGUUUUGAUAUGACGAUAGCUACUCUACGCUUUGUAUAUUGUUUUGUUGUUUAAUACAGCUGUGUAACGGAGUCUACUUUUAGGUUCCAUGUCUAUGGAGUUCGACCUCGCUAGCAGCCGUGCAAACUAAUGUUUAUUAA